AGUGUAAAGAAAUUCGAUAAGCACUUCCUCUUGCUUUACAAAUCUAUUUAUAUCUCCUGAUCUCUAGCACAACUGAUAAGGAAAAAAAUUCCUGACAAUAUAUAUUCAGACAAGUAUGGUCAGCAUCAUGAAGUUCUGGAUACCUCUACUCAUGACAUUCCUGUAUAUGGUGCUACUGUCUGUGCGGGGCGAAAUUAAGGAAAGAUCAGCCUUUAAAACAAGGGAGAGAACGUUAAUUGAGGAGUGCUGGGGAGAUCCAAACAUCGAUGACUGUAACAAGAAGUGUUCUAAAACCUUUAUAUGUGUAAGGGUAAAUUACACAUGCUGCUGGACCUAUUGUGGCAACAUCUGUUGGAGA